AACGACUGACAAGAUGUUUUCAGGUGGAAGUGCCCACUGUGAUUAGUGUCAUUAGCUGUUGCUAAAGAGACUGGUUUAGUGUCAUCAACAGGUUGCUAAAGACACCAGAUGUGUCACAAAAGGCCAGAAAAGGAAAGAAAGGAGGAACAGACGCAUACAUUGAACGACUUGAUAUGUCAUACAACAUGAAGUCUGAUGUGGAGGAUUUAAUGCCGCGGCUGCUGCCCAUCGAGUGCGGAGACACCUCAUCGCCUCUAAACCUGGAUGGUCCGCCAAGAAACCCGCAAGAGUACCUACGACAAGUCCAGUUAGAAGCCGCGUUGUGUCCAGAAGUGGUGGUUGCUCAGAUUGACCCCAGGAAGUUGAAGAAACCACAAACCUUUAACGUAUCUGUGGCAGAGUGCCAUGCUGCUCCUGCUGGUUUCUCUCCCAGCCUGGAAUGGCAACAGAGGCAAGUCAGCAAUUUUUCUGAUGUCAGACAGAGUAUCACAAGUAACAGACAACACUGGAGCAGCCAACCACUUGAUGACAAUGUCUUAAUGCCAGAACAUGGAGAUGAAGAAGGAUGGAAGAGGUUUUGUUUAGGAGUGCUGGUACAAGAUACCGGUAUAUUUCCCUCUCACACAGAUCAAGAGGCAGGGCUGGACUACAGCAAGGUUGGCUUUCCACCUUUCCUGAGCAUUGUCAGCCGAUUCAGCCAGUCCACCGUGUUAGCAGUGUUGGACAUUCUUAUCGGUUGGUUUGAAGAAAGAAAUUUUGUUCCCCAGUUGGGCCGCUGGCUGUACGCACUUUUGGCCUGCUUGGAAAAGCCAUUGCUGCCUGAAGCCCAUUCUUCCAUCAGACAGUUGGCAAGGAGAUGUGCUCAGCUGCGUACCAACUUGGAGAGUCAGGAUGAUGACAACUUGCCUCCCCUCAAUCUUCUCAUCUGUCUAGUUGCAAGAUACUUUGAGCAGAAUGACCUCGCAGACCAGCCGGAGUGAAAUGUUUUCGCUAUUAUACAUUAAAAUGGACUUGAAAAAAAACUUCAAAGACCAGAAUGCUGCUGUCAAGGAAUGAACAAUCAUUUGAGGAACUGGUUCACACGUGCCUGGCUGUUGAAGUCACAUCUCUGGGUUAUUUUCAUGAGUGGUGAACUUUGAAUUAUCAGACUUUUGUAAGUGGAAUCAAAGCUGUGUAUGUUAAAAAUUGGCAACUGAAUGUUUGAUAUUCAAAAAACACCUUCACAAUGUGGUGUAUGAUACAUCAUAGAGUAUCAGGUACCAUGGGUCAUGAACAUAUAGAGGAGAAAUAGCUACAUUUAAAAAUGAAAACUUUACCUCAAAUCAACCGUUUUCAAUUACCAUAUUUAAACCUGUUGAAGUUAUUCCAAACACUUGACUCUGGUUUAAUUGAUUCCUAUUUUUAGAAUAAAAUAUAACUAUUCCAGCCAUCCUUCAGAAAAAUACAUUUCAAGGGGGGAACGGAACUGGAUGCAUCAAAGUUUGAACAUACUAGUGAAUACCCCGCGUUAUAAGGUGCACCCUCAAUGAAUGGCCUAUUCGAAAAAAUUUUAUAUACAAGGCGCAUCAAAUAGAUGCUACAGUAGAGGCUGGGGUAUCUCUCUUUGUUUCCUCGGAAACUCUUAGUCUUUACUUGGCGCAGAUCUUGUUGCUUCCUCCAUUUCCGCACCAUUGAUUUGUUGUUAAAUUCUCUCACUGCUUCUCUACUACCGUGUUCUACUGCGUGACUGCUUGCCUUGAGCUUGUACACUGCGUCGUAAACGUGUCUCUUAAUAGGGGCCAAUUUGGGGUCUUUACACAAACGGAAAUGAAACGGCACACUUCAUGCAGUCACAUAUCCCAGUAUGCACCACACACUACUUCUACAGGGGAAAAUGGGGUUGGCGGCUGCUUACUGUAGUUCUGAGACUUGCUGCGACUCAAUAUUGAUCCAUAUACAAGGCACAGUCUGCUUUUGAGAAAAUUAAAAGCUCUUAGGUGCGCCUUAUAGUGUGGAAAACAUGGUGCUCUAUUUAGCUAACAGACUACAGUACUUCACCAAAUGACUACACCCUAAUAAAGAGUACAAAUCAGGAUCAAACUGGACUGCAGACUUCCCAUUCAUCAGCACAAACCAAGUAAUUAAAGGUGCCAUAUUUUACCAAACUAACUUUUUAAAGUAUUUGGAAUGUAAUUUUGGCUCAACAGUUACCUCUGUCAACAUCUGAAAUAUAAUUAAAAUCAUCCACGCAUUCAUAAAUUUGACAUUUUUCUGCCGAGAGACCUGAAUUCAGGUCAUUCCAAAUUCGAGCUUUUCUAUGUCGCGAGCAAAGCUCUAUCUCCCUUUCCUCUCUCGAGCCAGUGCUACCAACAUAAACACAUAAGCGGGUCUUCUACACGGAAGCAACCAAUUAAGAGAAAAGGGUGCUUCUUUAUGCAACAACACUCUCCAAGUCAAUCACUGGACCUUAACCGGCAUACAUUUAACCUUGAGAGGAGACUAAAAAGAGAAGCCCCCAGAAACAAGAACAGAGUAGUAAGGGCCUGGAAAAGCAUUUAACAUAAAAAAUGCAAAUCUGUUAAUGGGUCCCAUUCUUGAUGUAGUUAUUGCAAGUAAAGGUGUGCCACCAAAUAUUCACUUUAAAAAGGUCUCUUCCACUACUUUUGCUCAUUCAAAGUGACGUCUUUCAUCUAUCUUCUGAACUAAAACCCAAAUGUAUUCAGCACACAACAAAAAUGAAGGAAAUGAGCUUUGUGUUCCAAUACUUUGAGGGGACUAUGGGUGGAAUAUUUUAAGUCACUAAUUCUUCCACAAAAGAAAAUUCUC